GCAUUCUCCUUCAAAGUCGGAGCGUACGUCACCAAAAUGGAGUGAAGAAAACAACGCAACAUCAACACGGUACAAAUGAUGUAAAAUUUAGCUGAAAACAGUGAAAAUAGUGAAGUAAAACGUAACCAAAUCGCUGAUCACAACCCAGUACACGUCGUUCAUUGUUGGUAGUGCGCAAUCGUUCAGCGAAAACAUGUCGGACAGCGGCAGCGGCUCUGAUGCUGACAGUGUGGCAUCGAAUCGGUCUCGCAAAAGUGGUGGCUCGAAUCGCUCGGUGUCACGGUCGGUGUCCCGGUCGCCCCAGCGCUCCCGUUCGCCCUCGACAUCGCAGUCGGACAAUGAGCGGCCGCGGAAGAAGCAGCGCAAGGACCGCCGCCGUCUGGACGACGAAGACGAUGACGACGAGGAGGAGGCGGAGGAUGAGCAGGAGCCGGAGGGUGAGGAUCUCGAUUCGGAGGAGUACGACGAGGAGGAGGAAGACGACGACCGGCGCGGAGGGCGCAAGAAGAAGAAGAAGCAGGAACGCUUCGGUGGUUUCAUCAUCGACGAAGCCGAAGUAGACGACGAGGUGGACGAGGAUGAUGAGUGGGAGGAUGGGGCGCAGGAAAUGGGCAUCGUGAGCAAUGAGAUCGAGGAGGUGGGCCAAACGGCGCGCGAAAUCGAAAACAGACGCCGCGGAACGAACCUGUGGGACUCGCACAAGGAGGAUGAGCUGGCCGAGUAUCUGAAGCGCAAGUACGCGGAUGCCUCCGUGGCCCGGCGGCAGUUUGGCGACGGUGGGGAGGAAAUGUCGGACGAGAUCACACAGCAGACGCUGCUGCCCGGCAUCAAGGACCCGAAUCUGUGGAUGGUGAAAUGUCGCAUUGGUGAGGAGAAGGCCACCGCCUUGCUGUUGAUGCGCAAGUUCCUCACCUAUCAGAACACGGACCAGCCGAUGCAGAUCAAGUCGGUCGUUGCACCGGAAAGCGUCAAGGGCUACAUUUACAUCGAGGCGUACAAGCAGGCGCACGUCAAGUCCGCCAUCAACAAUGUGGGCAAUCUGCGUGUCGGUAUCUGGAAGCAGGAGAUGGUCCCGAUCAAGGACAUGACGGACAUCCUGAAGGUGGUGAAGGAGCAGACGGGACUGAAGCCGAAACAGUGGGUCCGGCUGAAGCGCGGCAUAUACAAGGACGACAUCGCGCAGGUAGACUACGUCGAUCUGGCCCAGAACCAGGUGCACCUGAAGCUGCUGCCUCGUAUCGACUACACGCGUCUCCGCGGAGCGCUGCGUGCCACCCAGACGGAGGAAAGCAGCGAUGCGAAGCGCAAGAAGCGCCGGCCGGCGGCCAAAUCGUUCGAUCCGGAAGCGAUUCGUGCCAUCGGCGGCGAGCUGACGUCCGAUGGGGACUUCUUGAUCUUCGAAGGCAACCGGUACUCGCGCAAGGGCUUCCUGUACAAAGCGUUCACCAUGUCGGCCGUGCUGGCGGACGGUGUGAAGCCGACGCUGGCCGAGCUGGAGCGCUUUGAGGAGCAGCCCGAGGAGAUUAACAUUGAGCUGGCCGUUUCGUCCAAGGAGGACCCGGUGACGGCCCACUCCUUCUCGAUGGGCGACAACGUGGAGGUGUGCGUGGGUGAUCUGAUGAACCUGCAGGCAAAGAUCAUUGCCAUCGAUGGAUCGCUGAUCACCGUGAUGCCGAAGCACGAGGAGCUACGCGAUCCGCUCAUCUUCAAGGCGGCCGAACUGCGCAAGUACUUCAAAACCGGCGACCACGUGAAGGUGCUUGCCGGCCGGUACGAGGGCGAGACGGGUCUGAUCGUGCGCGUGGAACCGUCGCGCAUCGUGCUGGUGUCCGAUCUGACCAUGCACGAGCUGGAGGUUUUGCCGCGCGAUCUGCAGCUCUGCACGGAUAUGGCGACGGGUGUGGAUUCGCUCGGCAUCUACCAGUGGGGCGAUCUGGUGCAGCUCGAUGCGCAAACGGUCGGCGUAAUUGUGCGCUUGGAGCGCGAGAAUUUCCACGUGCUCGGCAUGCACGGCAAGGUGAUCGAGUGCAAGCCGACCGCGCUGCAAAAACGGCGCGAAAACCGCAACACAAUCGCGCUGGACUGGGAUCAAAACCAGAUCCGCCGGAAGGACAUCGUCAAGGUGAUGGAGGGUCCGCACACGGGUCGGGACGGCGAAAUCAAGCAUCUGUAUCGCAACCUUGCCUUCCUGCACUCGCGCAUGUACACCGAGAACGGGGGCAUCUUUGUGGUGAAAACGCGCCAUUUGCAGCUCGCCGGUGGCAACAAAAAUCCGAUGCAAAACAGCAACCCCAUGAUGUCACCGUUCGGCGGGGGUAUCAUGUCACCCCGCAUCCAUUCGCCGAUGCAUCCGUCUGGGGGGCGGGGUGGCGGUGGCGGCGGACCGACACGCGGCGGACGGGGCGGCGGGCGUGGUGGGGCACGCGUUUCUCGCGAUCGGGAAAUUUUGGGCCGAACGAUUCGCAUCACCGGCGGACCGUACAAGGGUGCGGUUGGUAUUGUGAAGGAUGCGACGGAGACGACGGCCCGCGUGGAGCUGCACUCGUCCUGCCAGACCAUCUCGGUCGAUCGGAACCACAUCGCGAUCGUCGAUGGGGGCGCUACCAAGGCGGGCAGCGUCUCGUCGUACAUGCGUACGCCGAGCCGCACACCGGCCGGCAGCUACGGCGCCCAGACGCCGGUCUACUCUGGCUCGAAGACGCCACUGCACGGCUCGCAGACGCCGCAGUACGAUCCGGGCAGCCGCACGCCGUACGGUUCGAUGACGCCUUCGCACGACGGCUCGAUGACGCCACGCCACGGCGCCUGGGAUCCGACGGUAUCGAACACGCCCGCCCGGUCGAACGAUUUCGACUUCAUGGAGGAACCGUCCCCUUCGCCGGGCUACAAUCCGAGCACGCCGGGCUAUCAGAUCAACACACCGUACGCACCGCACACGCCCGGCAACAUGUUCAAUGCGGACAACUACAGCCCGUACCAGGCCAGCCCGAAUCCGAGCCCGUCGCCGUACCAGGUCGGUGGCUACAUUGGCACGCCGUCGCCGAGUGCGUACUCGCCAGCCACGCCCGGUGCGCCGGCCUCUCCCUACAAUCCGCAGACGCCCGGGGCCGGGCUUGACCCGCAGCUGGGCGACUGGUUCACGACGGACAUCGAGGUGACGAUUCGCAGCCACGGCGAUUCGGACCUCAGCGGGCAGACCGGCAUCAUCCGCACGGUGAACAAUGGGGACUGUGUGGUGUUUCUGCCGGAGGAGGACCACUGCGUAACGGUGCCACUGUCCAACCUGCAGCCCGUGCUGCCGGAACCGGGCGAGAAGUUUAAGGUCAUCGUGGGCGAGGACCGUGAGACGGUGGGCGAGUUUAUCGACAUGUCCGGCAGCAACGAGGCGGUUGUCAUGAUCAACGGCCAAUCUACGCUUAUCCCGAUGAACUAUAUGGCUCGCUAUCGGGAGCCAACGAAGAACUAAACGUAGUGUUGAUGUUAAGCGCGAUAGUAACGGUGAAGCGAAUGGGGUUUGGGCAGGGGAAGACACGUACGAUCAAAUGCUCGAUGAUGGACCGUAACAGUAACUGCUUUUUUCAUUAUGUUCAUCCCUUUUCACACUGAUUCAAACAACCUUUUUAAGUGACAACUACUGUAUUUGCUCCUGCGCACCCAUGGGCCACCCGAAUGGACAUAUUGCUUAUCUCAAAUAAAGAAAUAACUAAACAAACAAGAA